AUGAGUUUAAAUUUCGUUCCUACUUCACCGAAGCGAUACGCGGGAAUCGCAUUCAGACCGACCAAUUUGCAUCUGCAAAGGACCUUCUGCUCGAGAGGUGCAGACGCUAACUGGAAUUGGCAGCAAGGUGUGCGAGAAACUCCGAUAACGCAGUUGAUUGCUCGGUGCGAGCCCAGCCAUUAUUGGCAGGACGGUGCUGCAGCGGUAUAUCGCAGCCAUAGUGCUGGACCUUCAAAUUUGACGGUGGAGUAUAAUGAAGUAAUGAAUUCGAUCUAUUCCAGUAACCGACGUUUCGCUGCUUUGCAAAGGCAGCACAAGUCUCUUGACGGAAUGCAGUUGAACGAGUGCGGAACAAAUGAAAUUCGACCACUGUUACAUUUGGACAUUUCUACGGCAGAUGCAGAUAUGAUGUCAUCUCAGUAUUCUAGGCCAUCUUUAUCCAAUCCUACAACAACAAAUGCAUAUUUUUGGAAGCAAUCAGCGAAUACCUGUUCAUAUAAUAGUGACACUUAUGGAUUAUCGGAUACACAAUCCGUUCGAGCUUAUAACCUCUUGAAGCAAGAUUACGAAAUGGCUAUACAGAAGUUGAAUUCAACUAUGAGUUCUAUAAAAACAUUUUGGAGUCCUGAAUUGAAACGUGAAAGACAAUUACGAAAGGAGGAAACAGCAAAACUUGUAGCUUUGCAGAGACAAGCUGGACCUCAGAAUGGUUCUGGAUUUCGAGUUGCAGAGUUGGAGACAGAACUUGAAAACUGUCGGUGCGAGCUUGCUGAAAAAGAUGAAACGAUUAGACGGCUCAUGGAGCGCACAGCUGCAGUUACAUAUCAUGAUGGUGGUAGUCGUAUGGCUGAUUUAGAAACACGAUGUAAUCAAUUAGAAUCAUUGCUUGAGAUCCGAGAAGAGCAGAUUAGAUCGAUGGACCGACAUUUUUCGCAACUACCAGUUACAGCAUCUCAUGCUGCUAAGGACCAACAAAUAGCAGACCUAGAAGACGAAAUUGCGAUGUUACGAUCAGAGCGAGCGGAACUUCCGCGCGAUUUUACUGAUAAAACUAUAACUCCUCAUGAGAUCAACACACUUCGUAUGAAGAUGGAACGAAGUGAAUUGGAACUGGCACAAAAGGUAGCUGAACUCUCUUCAGUGCAGACACGAUUGCAAGCUGCAACGGAAGCCGUCGAAGACUUGAGGAAGCGUGUUGAAGUUUUUCGUGAAUCUUCAGCAGCAAAGGAAAAACAUGCAACGCUGUUGCAGUCUGAUAUUGAAGCACUGCGUGCUAAACUGGAAACCAAAAAUAUACAAAUAGAACAAAAAGAGAAAACUUCUGAACGUCUGGAAGCAGAUUUAACGGUCGAAAAGAACAGAGUGUCAGACCUUCGCGAUAGUAAUAGAAAUUAUGAGCAAAAAAUCAGUCAGUUAUUGGCGCGGAUUGAUGCUAUGGAAGGUUUACUACACGAGAAAGAAAACGAGCUGGAAAAGAUCAAGCAAAAACUUCUGACAAAUCCGGACGUACAGAAGGAAGAAGAGUUGCAGAUGCAUCUUGAUGAAGCUAAUAGGGAAAAAAUGAGAAUGCAAUCGUUAAUUAAUGAACUACGCCACAAUGCUGAAAAAGAAAAAAUGCAGCAGUUGGAAACAUUUCAAGCGGAAAAUCGACAACUAAUAGCAACAAUCGAAAGCCUACAGAAAGAAUUAGCCGACCGAGAAAUACUACUAGAGUCACAAAGUGAAAAAAUAGGUGACCUUGACCAAGAACUGGUAACAGUAGAACGACACUGUAAAGGUCGUGCACCACAGCUUUCAAACGACGAAGAGCUUGCUGAAGCGAGAAAAGAGAUUGAAUCUCUUCUUCGAAUAGUGCAAAGACUUGAGAAAGAAAAGACUUCUAUAAUUUCGCAUUGUAAGCAGCUGCAAAGCAAACUGGAGGAUAUUCACAAGGGUGAUAUUACUUCGGCAGUUAGUCAGACUCGAUCCGAAUUUUCUGCUCUCUCAACUGAAGGAUCUCUUAAGUCUAGAGUGGAGGAGCUAGAAGAAGCUCUGCGUGAAUCAGUAAGUAUAACAGCUGAAAGAGAGCUUCAUGUUGCCCAGCAGAAGCAACUUAGUCAGCAACUUGCUGCUCAAUUGACCGAAUGUCGCCGUGAAUUAAAUGAGCUUCGACGUCAUGUGAAGAAGUUGACAAGUAAUGAACGCGAGGAAGUGCUGCGUUCUUUAGAACUUGAAAAGCGAAGACAUAUCGAGCAGCUGCUGCAACUAAAGCAUGAAGCGUUGGUAGCAGCAAUUGCCGAAAAAGAUGCUCACAUUGCAUUAUUGGAACAGUCCAGGGAGAGACCACGCGAAGAGAUAGAAACCCUACGCCAUCAUAAAGAAAAACUGAUGGAAAAAUUAAAAGAAGAAAAUGAACGUCGCGCCCAGCUUCUCAGCUCUGCUAAUUUAAGCGUAGCCAAUGACCUCUCAGGAGAAGGCGGUCUUACUACGAUUACAGCAGUCAGUGCUCCAGCAAGUCUUCCUACACCACGUGAAACUGUUACUGAUCAGGAAGAUGAUGCCGAAGGUAUUUGGGCAUAG